AACAUGUUCCUCCUGCUGCUAAUGUUGAGCCUGGAAUUGCAGCUUCAUCAGACAGCAGCUUUGUUCAGAGUGACAGUCCCUAAGGAACUGUACACAGUGGACUACGGAAGCAACGUGACUCUGGAGUGUGAUUUUGACACUGGAGGUCGUGUGGAACUCGAAGCACCAAGAGCCAGUUUGCAAAAGGUGGCAAACGAUACAUCCUCACACAGUGAAAGGGCCACUUUGCUGGAAGAGCACCUGCCUCUGGGGAAGGCCUUGUUCCACAUCCCCCAAGUCCAAGUGAGAGACGCAGGGCAGUACCGCUGCCUGAUCAUCUAUGGACUCGCCUGGGACUACAAGUACCUGACUCUGAAAGUCAAAGCUUCCUACAAGAAAAUAAACACUUACGUACUAAAGGUCCCAGGGACAGACGAGGUAGAGCUCACCUGCCAGGCUGAUGGUUAUCCCCUGGCAGAAGUGUCCUGGCCAAAUGUCAGUGUUCCUGCCAACACCAGCCACACAAGGACCCCUGAAGGCCUCUUCCAGCUCACCAGUGUUCUGCGCCUAAAGCCACACCCUGGCAGAAACUUCAGCUGUGUGUUCUGGAAUGCUAACGUGAAGGAACUUACUUCAGCCACCAUUGACCCUAAAAGUCAGAAGGAGCCUGAGGUCCCUACGACUUCGCUGCUUCACGUUUUCAUCCCUUCCUGCAUCAUUGCCUUAAUUUUCAUAGUCGCAGUGACAGUCCUAAGAAAAUGGCACUGCCGAAAGCUGUGUUCUAGAAAAGACACAACAAAAAGAUCUGUUACAACAGUAAAGACAGAAGUGAACAUAGCUGUAUGAACCUGUUUCGGGAGCUGGGCGACCUGACAGGAUAGCCUCAGGAGGCUUCUGGACUCUGAACAAGGACCCUCUGGCCUGCAGAGCUUGCCAUGUGCACUUUUCAAAUGCCUUUGGAUGACCCAGCACUUUAAUCUGAAGACUGAAACAAGACUAGGCAGCACCUGACCAUGGUGUACUUACAGGAUAUCAAGCGGCCCACCCCAUCACUGAUCCAAGCUGUCACCUCUUCAGCCUGUGGCCCUUAGCACUACUGCACUUUAGAAAAUGACCCCCACUGGAUCCUGGACCCCAGGGAGUGUCCUGAAGCUCCUUCUUGCUGCCAGACUGAAAGCAAAGAAAAUUAUUUCCCCCUAACUUUCCAAAGUGAUUUCCAGAAGCAGAGAUGUGUGGAAAUUUCUAGUUACACAAAUUGACAGAUUGCCAAUAGUUAUUUUUAUCUAUAAUUUCCUCUGGAUACCAGAAGAGCCUAUUGAGACUUUGAGCUUGCAGCCAGGGCUUUGUACAAAUUCAAGCCAUAACUGACAUGUUUUAUGGCUUACUGAAAUCUUUUAAGCAUCUGAAGUUCUAAUUAACA